AUGGGCGAGAUUGCUGAACGAUAUUAUGAGCAAAUUCUGACGACACUGGAGACGAUGCGGCGUCGAUGCAUCGCUUAUUACGAUGGAAUUUUCUAUAUCGGCCGUAAAGUGGCGAAAGCUGCCGAGCGGCUCAAGGAAAUCGCUGAGCCGGCCACCUACGAUGCCCGCGAUUUUAUUGUCCAAUCGUGCGCGGAGACCGAUCCACUUCAAAACAUCGAAACCGAAUCCAAGAACAACGUCGUCGAAAUGUACCUCGGCAUCAGUGUGAUCCUCAUCGGCUUCGCCGGCGGCCAAUUGAGCGGAGCUUACGCGAUGUCGCCGAUUAUUGAACACUUUUUUGACGCCUAUGUCGAAAUUCUCGUUCUUCUCGCAAUUCCGGCUUUCGUGUUUUUCAAUAUCCGCAAAAACGUCAGUCUGGAUGAUCAUGAGCGCCGCACAACGCUCUUCUCAUCGACAAUGUUCUUCGGCGUCCUUCUUGGACAUCUAAUGGGUCCGCGUCUUCUCUCAAUCGCCCCUUCUGUGAUGUUCGCCACUCCUCUUCUCUUCGCAUUGGCGUUUGACAAUGGCGUCGUUCCCACCGGUCUUCCCGCUCUAAGCCGCCAUACAUUCUUCUACAUUUUCUCGGUGAUCACCGUGUUCGUCACGACCAUUGUAGCGGCCUUCGUCCUCGGCUAUUUCACGUUUGUCGGCGCACUGUUCAACAUUUUGCACGCCGCCGGCCUCUUUCUCCAUUUUCAGAUAAUUAUGCAAUAUGUCAAAGACAAAAGUUUUAUGGUUGGCGAGAGUCAAAUGGCCUAUGUCGGAACUAUUAUAGUCGUACAGGUGAUUUUUGCAACAAUUUUCGGCUCGAAUCCCCAUCUGAAAUCGAAGUGA